AUGGAGCAGCUUCUUUCCAAACCGAACGUAGUGUACACGAAGGCAGACCAAUGCCAAUAUGGACUCCGUGGAGAAUCUGGCCAACCCCAAAGAAAACGGACUGGCUUUGCCACCAACAGCCCGGAGAUCGCCAAGGCUCUAGACGCCCUAUGCCCUGGCGACCAUCAACACGAAGUCAUCAUUGGUGGCACCAAGUCCAAGAAAGCACAAAUCUAUCCGGAAGGUCUUCGGGAAGCCAUUUUGGCUGCCUACGCAAGAUCGAUUGGAGCUGAGGUUUAUACCAUCACCUCCGAACAGAUGUUCCUGGAGAAUGAUCGCCUGAACUCAUUGUUGGCAGUAGAACUGAUGGUGACGGUGACCAAGGAGAACUUGAACCGGAAAGCGAUGAACGAACAAAUGCUCCACUCCCUCUCGAACGAGCUCAGCUUCAACGAAUGUGUCGGAGUGGAUGUGGUCUUCUUGCCAACCUUGGGCAAUCGAGGACUCUUAAAUGGAGAUGACGGACAUCGACAUCGAGAAGACGCUCCAGUGCCGAAGAUCGGCGACCUCAGCAUUGAAAGAUCCAUGAAGCUUCGGAAGGCUGCAGCUCAAGCUUUCAUCGAAGCCGAUGCAGACAACGCCUUGCGGAGAGCUAUUUCAUCAGGACCAAGACCGAUCCUGGACUACGACAUCGGUGAGAUUGUCUACUUCUAUCGAAUGGGAGCGGAUAAAAAGCUCAAGUUCAAACCAGGCUACUGGCACCACAAGAGAACCUUCAUCAACCACCAGAAGCAGAAGAUCUACAAGAACCAGAUCAUGACGAACGACCUGCUGAAGAGGUACCAGAAGAACGACCAGAAGAACACCCCGACGUGGACGAGAACAACAAAAGAGAAUAUGAUGAAGGGGAAGCCCAAGAACAACCGCCAUUAA